GCGGGCCGUGCAGCUGGCGGCGGCCGCGGCGCCCUCGGCCGGCUGUCGGCAACAGAGCCCGUUUCUGUAGCGGCCAGCGCGAACGCACCGGCGGCACGCUCUAAUUAAUUGCGCCAACCAGCGGCGGCCAGCGGGCCCGACGCGCGUGUGGGCCUGACGGCGGCGGACCCGAGUUGAGCCCGAUGCUGUUGUCUGUUGAGCGCGACGUGGUGAUGAUGCAAGAGGAGGCCGUCAAACCUCCGCCAUCGACGGCCAGCAGCGGACUGCGUGCCACCGACUUCUCGAUCGCCGCGAUCAUGGCGCGAGAGUCGCCCGGCCAGCCGGCCAGCGCCUCGUGGCCCUCGGCAGCCGCCAGCUCCGAACGGCUGCUGGAAGAGCCCGAGGAGGCGUCCCCGGGAAGUGCGGGCGAGUGCCGGCUGGCGACGGCCUCUUCGCCAGCGCCGUCCAGCGACGCCCCGCUGAGCCCGUGCGAGUCGCGGUCGCCAUCUCCCUGCCGCAGCACGGUGUCGCCGGCUGUGUCCACGCAAGGCGAGGACGGCGCGUCGUCCAGAGACUCCGGCGCGGGCACCAGCGGAGGCGGCGGCUCCUCUUCGUCCAAGGCAUCGAACAAUCCCUACGCGGCCGGUCUCAAGCCGCGCUGCAAUUCGGAGGAACUUGUGCACGUAGACUGUCACCUCGAGAACAAGGACCUCUGGGACAAGUUUCACGAUCUCGGCACCGAGAUGAUCAUCACGAAGUCCGGAAGGAGGAUGUUCCCUACCGUACGAGUUUCCUUCUCCGGAGUGCAGCCCGACGCUCGGUACAUUGUGCUCCUGGACAUCGUUCCUGUGGACAACAAGCGGUACCGGUACGCGUACCACCGGUCUUCGUGGCUGGUGGCCGGCAAGGCGGACCCUCCGUCGCCGGCGCGCCUCUACGCGCACCCGGACUGUCCCUUCACGGGGGACCAGCUGCGCAAGCAGGUCGUCUCCUUCGAGAAGGUCAAGCUCACCAACAACGAGAUGGACAAGCAGGGACACAUUGUCCUGAACUCCAUGCACAAGUAUCAACCCCGUAUACAUCUGGUCAAACGUCGGCAUAACGCCCCGAAUGUUCCCGUUAACGAUCUCGAAGCUGAACAGUUUCGGACGUACGUGUUUCCCGAGACGGUCUUCACAGCUGUCACGGCGUACCAAAAUCAGCUGAUAACGAAAUUAAAAAUAGACAGCAACCCGUUUGCAAAAGGCUUCAGAGAUUCGUCGCGGCUUACAGAACUUGAAAGGGAGACGAUGGAAUCGCUGAUCACAGAUCACCCGUUCGCGCGCACGCCCCUGCGCACCUUCCUGGAGAACGGGGGCGACCCCGAGACGGCGGCCUACCUGCACGAGAAGGGGCUGCUGGGCGGCCUGGGCCCACCGUCCGCGGCCGCGGCCGUGGCGCGGGCGUCUCUGCUCUGGAAGCCGCCCGGAAUGGAACUGUACGCGCAGCCGUCGCUGUACGCCCUCGGCGUGCGCGCCCCUCCGCCCGCGGGCAUCCCGGCCCAGCUGUGGUCCCAGUGGGCGGCGGCCGCUGCAGGCGCUGCCCUGCCGCCGCACCUGGCCUCGGUGCUGAGCGGCGGAGCGGCAGCCGCGGCCGCCGCGGCUGCGGCUGCGGGCGGCGCGCUCUUCCCGCCCAUGAUGCGGCCCGCGGCGUCGCACACCGAGACCCUGCACUCGCUCGGACUGUACCGCUACGCGCCCUACGUGUACCCGAAGAAGGACAGCCCGUCGGCCGCGGGCUCGCCGGCCACCACGCCAGACGCCAGCGACGCGGCGCCCACUUCCCCGCCGGGCGGCUUCCGCUCGUAACGACGGCCUAUUUAUCGGCUGCGGCCAUUAUUUAUAGACUGUGCGAACGGGUGCACCGAUCACGGAGCCACCCGACAGCGCCCCGAGAAACGGAAGGGCCCCGGUCGUUCCGGCGACCGUCGACGCGCUUCGCUGCCGCCGUGUCCACCUCGGCGGCCUCCGCUCCCGCUGCGGCGAAAGGCGUGUGUGUGUGCUUGUGCCAGUGCCCCUGCAACUACGAACUUCCUCUCGGACUAUGACGACACGCGUGAACUGUACUUGGACACGACUGUAUUUGUGCUCUUUGGAAUUGUGCAAUGUUCACCGAACAAAAGAAGUAUGUGCCUAAUGUAAAGGCGUCGGGGAGGGCAUCAUUUUCCUUAUUUUUUUUUCUUGUUUUUCGUUCAAAUGACGGAAGAAAUAGUGCACACGGGUUUUUUUGGGCAGCAGCAGCGUUGUUCGCUGAGCUGUCAAGUUACGCUAUUUCUGUGCUUAGAGAAGAUAGAAUAGUUCAUGACUCGCGGUGUCUUUCCUUUCCCUAUUUAUUUGAGAAACCUUGCAGAACAAAUUACAUAAUAUGGAAUUUCUCAUUUCGCAGUCUGGUCCUCUAAUGUUUUCUAGUUGGCCCACACGAGCUAAGAAUCGGCGGAAUGCAUAAACAUAACGGUCACGAAAAGUGGGACGAAAAAAAAAAAAUGUUUUCAAUUUCAAGUUUCCUUGCUCGGUUCGAGCCAGUGUCAAGCAUGCGAUGGUGCUUCCGACUCCCUCGCAUCUCUGCUCUCAACACAAGAUCGCUGCAUUCUCUCUCUCUCUCUCUCUGAAAGUACCUUCACAGCUCUUCACAGCGCAACAACGCGGCUAUUGUGCUCCACGCGAUGUUUUCACCAAAUACGCGUGGCCGCUAUCCCGAAUGUCUCCGGUGAGCGGUGCGUGGCCUCGCUGGAUAUUUGAAAGCAAGGUCGGCUGCGGCUAGGGCUAAUUAGCGACUUGGCAUUAGGUCGUCGGCAAACGGCAACAACAACAAAAGAGAAAAGCGUGUAAGGCUGCCGCAGUUCGAGAGGAAGCGGGAAACGAAACUCGCUCUCGCGAUAAGCACAGAACGUGCGCAAGAACAAAGCGCUCGGAGAGUCCCAUCUGUCUUGUCCGAGCGUAUCGCAGUGAGAAACGGAAGGGGUUCAUCCGGAACGCCGCGCACGUAAGCGCCGCGAACCAAAGGAGAGCUGCGCCCUCACGUGUUCCCCGAGACGGCGCUAUCAACGGCGGCGACAAGCCAUGUGCUCGUAACGUCUGUGGCGCGCGGCUGGUCGUGUCUUUCGAGCGGGUUAUGCCACGCAGGGCGGACUGGCGGCGGCGGUGGCCGGCCCCUGGCGGACAGCGCAUCGCUGAUCUGUUCGAUGUGAUUUGUGCGUGUAUGCUUGCGUACUGCCUGACACCCACCAGCCGCGUAAAGCUUCAGGCACCUGGCGUUUUGAUGAAAUGCCCCCCCCCCCCUUUUUUUUUCGUCGAGGAGAUAACUGGUAUUUAAAUGUAAAACUGUGUACAUAAGAAAUGUCUGCUGUUUGGAAUGAAAUAUAUAUAUAUUAUAUAUAUAUAUAAAUGAAGACUUUUAUUUCUGUAACUUAUUUACUUGCCCCAAUUUUUUUUAAAAGUCUGAAUGCAAUGCCUGUGUGCGCGAACGCUUUCUUUCGCCUUUCUUUUUUUUUUUUUCUUUUUUGUGAGUGACGAAGCGAAGAUAUGCGAUGGCGGUCCAAGUGAUGUCAUAUAUGGGGAGACUAGAAUGUUUUCUAACACGAGGAGGCAUUUCGCUGCGCACAAUGUGGAACCAAAAGAUUUUCUUUCACGUCGCCUACGAAGUGUGCGAAACUGUGCAAUUGUCGUGUGUGCGUAGGCAAGUGAACCGUGUCAUAAGAAGUGUGGCUGAAGCUCUCGGGCUCCUUUUCGGGAGUCUGUGGCCACCGAACGUGAUAUCUGGCUUUUGCAGAGCAUCUCUCAUUGACCCCUGUUUUGUAGGAUGAUCUCAUUUUCUGAGCAGUAGGCAGAGUUCAGUGCUGUUUGUACACUACGGCAUGCUGGCACGAGAGAAAUCAUUUGUGUCUUCAAAAAACUUAUUCGUUGUGGUGUCUGUUGGUGCAGACUUUUCUUUACGCUUAGGCUUGUAAAUAAAUGAACAUGGUCUCGCAUAAAGGUGCGUUAAAAAAAAAACAAGUAGCAGAAAACUGAAGCGCAUGGUGCUGAAUGUAUUCGAGCUUCCAUAUCUGCGGGCGCAUUAAUUGACGGCGAGGAUGCCUUUGUUGUGUGAAUCGUUUUGUUCCUUGUACAUGUACCGGGCUUCGUACACCAGUGAACUUGGUGCGUCCGCAUCAGUCGGUAGCCUCGGGGUGCAUAUACCGUGUCCGCGAUUGCAGCAUGGUCAUCGACGCGACGACGACUCCAGCUGACGCCAUGCCGGCACAGGCAUCGUAAAUGCGUUCCAUGCCGUUGUAGUGAAAGGACGGAGUUAAACUUAUUUGCCCAUUUUUGUGUCGAGCAGCUAUGAUGGUGCAUGACAAAGGCUAGAUUCCCAAGGCGUAAUUUUUUGUUCCUGCGUAAAUGGCGGUUCGUGACUCUCCGGCACCUUGGCAGUCGUCUCGUUCAGUCUAUCACUUCCCAGCACUAAUGCGGCAGCCUUGGCACCAAUGGUUCCUGCUUAGGAACAUACUCUCGAAUCGAAGGCCGUAUUACUAAACGUGGAUAACGUAUGACGAGUGCAACUGGAACGAUUGCAAUAUUUAUUUAAUGAGCGUCGAUGCCAAAGUUGUGACUGAAGUAAAACGGUUCUCUCCACUUGAAAUUAAGCAUUAAACGCUGUAAGGUAAGGGGCAAGUAUGCGCGUUAUAUUGCGUGAAUAAUUUCACUCAGCAAAUUGGAUCAUGGGUCCAUAUUCAAAAAAAGCAUGCAUAAGGCGAAACGGUUGCAUAAGCAUGGUUGUCGUUCAAAUGUGACAGCGAACCAGGCGCUGACCAAGAAGUGAGUCAAUGGCCAAUAGUUCUUGCGAAAGAAAAUGUCUGGUAAUCCUGGCCCUCGGUAUAUGCGUUAACGGAACCAUCGCAGAGCCGUUUCCUGAAAUAGAAACGAAAAGGCACAAAAAGGGGGAGUACUGGGAGCGAAAAAAAUCACGCGGUUCCGUAGUUCUCAUUCGCAAUUCUUUAGGUACACACAUAUUCUUGCGGCUGCGCAUAUACAAGGCAGAAAGAAAAUGUUACAAAUGUAAUAAAUACGCGUAUGUGCGACCGUGCAAGCCGCUCUCCUCACAAGGAAAGCAGCGCGCUAUACAAGUCGAGCAAGAUGUCUGCAAAACAGGGGUUUCUAAAGUGCGCGGUUUGUCCUGUAUGAUGACUCAACAAUUUAAACCACGCUUCGUGACAUGUCUUGUCUUCUAAUUCAUGCUGUACAUAAGUAUCGCAAUUGUUGUUUGCAUUUUGAUUGAAAGAUGUGAAUUCUAUGGUGUAAGAACCAAGAAUAAAAACAAGUGUGGAUGUCCCGCCUUGCA